UGUCACAGUCUUUCGUAGGUGCAACCCCAAGCUUCAAUUAAGCAGCAGAAGCCUUCCACCCCGUUAAUUCUCAACUUGUCACAGUUUAAUGGAUCACCUGGAAAUGCAUUUGAAGAAGCUGAGUUCAACAAUCACUGUUGUGAACAGUAUUGUUGGAGUACCUGUGCUGACUCUACCAUUCUGCUAUCAACAGUGUGGUGUAGUCCUGGGCUCCUUCCUGCUGAUCUGCUGCUCCUGGAUGGCAUACAGCUCCAGCAUGAUGCUGAUUGAAACGGCGAUUUCAGCUAAUCGCAAAACAUACUUUGGUCUCGCUCAAGUUUCGUAUGGAACACCAGGAAAAUUAGUUGUUGAAAUAAGCAUGAUCGGCUUAUUGCUAGGAACCUGCAUUGGCCUUCUUUUGCUGCCUUGGAAGAUUUGGUAGCCAGCCUCUUCAUGAUGUUGACUGGAUCCUCAAUUACUACCUGGCAGCAUACUUUAUUACUAUCUGCCAUCACCUCAAUAUCGGUUCUCCCACUGAGCCUACAGAAAAAGGUGUCGAAUUCAGCCUGGCAGUCAUUGACCUCCAUCAUAUUUUACAUUCUUUUGAUGCUUGUGCUGGUGGUAAACUGCCUAAAUUCAGCGCUGUCUGGUGGGCUGUUGUUGGAGAAGGUCCACUUGUGGCACUGGUCUGGAAUUCCUACGUGUCUGCCGAUACUCGCCACCUCAUUCUGUGGUCACCCACUCGUGCUUCCAAUAUACUUCAACUUCCAAGGGCAGACAGUGGACCAGAGAAUGCAGCCUUCAAGCAAGCAAGCAUCACUGUUAGUCACGUUUUAUACAAUGGUUGGAUUAAGUGGCUACCUGUAUUCCGUUGAAUCUGUGCCAGGAGACAUCCUUGCUGCUCUACCUCCAAGUGCUGUAACAGAUUGUAUACAUGCCAUAUUUUUGAUGUCCCUCACAUCGAGCUUCCCACUGGUCAUUUUACCCUGUCGUCAAGCCAUAAACACGCUCCUUUUCGAACAGCAGAAAGAGGAUGGCACGUUCUCAGUGAGUGGUGAAAUGCCCUUUCUUCGACAUGUAGUAUGUACGAUGCUGAUAGUUUACUGCACAAUGAUAAUGGGUGUCCUGGUGCCAGAUGUGCAGACUGUGUUGGCGGUAAUGGGAACCACCAUGGGGAGUGUCAUCUGUUUUAUUUGUCCAUCUGCAAUUUAUGCAAAACUACAUAAAGAUACCUUCAGAGGAAAAAUAAUUUUUGGAGUGGGAAUCGUGCUCCUGCUCAUCCGUACAUCCAGUAUCUCUGACUUUACCGGGACUGAAAUCCUCCAACAACCAAUUCGUAAAUCUAUUGUGGCUGAAGAAAUGAGAAAUGUAAAGCUAACAAACAUCACCAAAGGACUUUCAUUGACAAGAAGCAAUGGAAUUGACCUCUUCAAAUGAGCUGGAGAGUGCAGGCAAACCUGCAUUCGAGGAGUUGAAUAAUGUACAAAUACCAACAUCAACAAAGAAAAAUCCCAGCAUGAGAAAUUGGCCAUUUCCGAGAUAUUGAUUACUCCUUUUCCCAUGGUGAAGAGAAAGUUUUGAAAGGAUUGGAAGGAACAAUGAGAAUUAAGGUAUUUAUGUUUUUAUCAGACAUCAGGCAAAGAACAAAAACACCAAAGCCAAAGUGCACACACAGAGAAUUGGGACCCAAAUAUAAAAAAAGCCACCCCACACUUUGAAAUGAAAUUGGAAAAGCACAGAUUAAAAUCGAAAUGACUGCAGCUAUUCUUCUUAUUAGCAAAAAAAUGAAUUUAGAAAUGUCAAAGGUGAACACGUACAUCAGAGAAGAAAGAAGCACAGUCUACCACACAUUGCAGCGUUGAUGAACAGCAGCUGGAAAACUUAGAGCAGGUACCACCUGUAUUUUAUGCACAAAAACUUUCCUGCACAUAUUGCAAUGUGAUAGCAUUAAUUUCCGGUGGAAGUCCUGCCCAAUGGGAAAUUCACUCAGGGUUCAUUUCAGUGAAGUUGGCUUUUUCUCCAGCAUCAUUUAUGCAAAUGCGGUCAACACUCAUCUCAGUCUUGCCACGGAAACUGUAGCAAUAAUGUGAUCUCAAUUCUUAGUAUAACAAAGAGCAAACCAUUGAAGAAGUGAGCCGACAUGAAUUAAAGGAUCUUGACUGGGACACCGAUGAGUUGCUGUCUGCACGUGCCUGUCUGAGUUUUCAGUGAUACAUGUAUUUUUGUAAAAUGUAUGCACAGAACAGAUAUGCUGUGAUCUCUAGCUGAAUGAUGAGGCAUGUAUGGCACAGGACUCAAUCUAUAAAGACGAUUAUAGUGGAGUUGGAAUGGGAUUGCCCUACACAAACUGAGUACAUGUGUCUGUAUUUUCCCUCAUAACCUUGGCAGCCUUUUAUGCCACUGCACUGUGUAUACCAUGGAGAGAGCUUAUUUAGUCUGUAAACUAUGCUGCAUGAAUUCUAGUGGCAAAGACACAGCAGCUGCAAUCUCUACAGGCAACCAUGUGAGUCACAUUUUAAUGCAUCAACCACUGAUUUUUUUGUAAAGGUAGAUAGCUUAAUUUUUGCAUUUUUUGGAUGCCCCUUGUCUGGCUGUUAGUGCUAAACACAGCAUCCGUUUAGUGCACCAAAUAUGAGUAAAGCACCAUUUAUUUUGCAGAAAAUUUGCAACGAGACCCACUAUUUCAUCCUUAAAAUGCAUGUUGGAAUUAAAAGCUUAUUUCUACAUUAUUAUCCAAUAAUGGAUGCAAAGGCAAUGUUCUAAGUGAUACCACAGCUGACUACAAUAGCUAUUAACUCACCCUCUGUUUCAAUUAGUGCCUUUAAAGUUGUGUCAUAUAUUUAAACAAAAGCUUUCAGCCAAUUAUUUGGAACAUGUCUCAAAUCUACCAAUAAAAUAUCCUUUACUGAAUGCAAUCAAUAACAGUGGCUGGUACAGCAAUAGAUCAAAAGUUGCAUCACAAAAUGCACAGUUGUAAAAGGUAUAUAUUCAAAUUCAUAUAAACUGCACAACUAUUUCAACAUUUGGGGAAAUCUACAAGCAUAAUAAACUGUUAAACAAAAUGUCAAGGUGUGCAGGUCUAAAGUCGAUUUUCAAUCACUAGCCAGCCCACUAAAUGUAUGUUAUAUCUGGUGACAAGCCCAGUCUACAGUAUCGGGAUAGAGAGCUGCACUGGCAGCAGGAGCACACAGCAGCAACAUUUAAAGGCGUAAAUCAUUUAAUUAAAUAAGAGUCAGUACAGGGCUGGCUCCGAUUCUCACUUUCUUUCUAGCGCUUCAUUUGUCACUUGGGGACCCCAUGUUGUACCGACCACUGCGAACCAGCCAGAAGACCCGUCAUUAGUUAUAUGAGCACUCAGGAGGACUGGGUGCCCUGUCCUACUUCAGCUCUCUGCCUAUAAACCUCAUGAUUUUAACAUUCUCCUCCUCACGCUGGAGUCUCAGCCCUGCCACUUUCUGGAAACUCCUCCAGCUGUGCAAUUCUCUGAGAAUUCUGCAUACAAUUCAAUCCUUUUGUGAACC